CGUCAGCUUCAUGCCGCCUGCGCUGUACUGCUGAUCCCCGGAACCCUGUACCGAUAUCCUCCCACAGAACCGAACUGGGCCGCAGACUUACAACUGAGACGCCGCCCGGAAUGGAGUGUCGUGAGAGGAGUGACAGCGGCGCGAGGGCCUGAUCUGCAGAACAAGACGGCGUCGCGCACGGACUGCCCCGGGGAUGGCCUCCGGGUGACCCGCCAGGGCGGCGGCAAGGGGAGCUCCGGCCUGGGAGCUCAGGCCCUGCACCGUACCCCGGGUGCGACGGCUCCGCCCUCCUCCUCCUCCCCCGUCCAGCCAGGCCGGGACUGCUGGUGGAGGAUGUCAGGCCGCCGCUGCGCCGGGGCCUCGGGUUCUGCUGCUGCCCACGGCGACGCGGCGGCGGCCGGGGAGCCGGCCCGGGAGCUGUUUGAAGCUUGUAGGAAUGGUGACGUGGACCGGGUGAGGAAGCUGGUGACUGCCGAGAACGUGAACAGCAGAGACAUUGCCGGCAGGAAAUCCACCCCGCUGCACUUCGCUGCAGGCUUUGGACGGAAGGAUGUUGUUGAACACUUACUGCAGAGUGGUGCCAAUGUCCACGCCCGUGACGAUGGUGGCCUUAUUCCUUUGCACAAUGCCUGCUCUUUCGGUCAUGCUGAAGUUGUCAAUCUUUUGCUGAGACACGGCGCUGAUCCUAAUUCCCGUGACAAUUGGAAUUAUACCCCUCUCCAUGAAGCCGCUAUCAAAGGCAAAAUAGAUGUCUGCAUAGUACUGCUUCAGCACGGAGCAGAUCCAACAAUCCGUAACACAGACAGCCGCACAGCUUUGGACUUAUCUGACCCAUCUGCAAAAGCCGUGCUGACAGGGGAAUACAAGAAGGAUGAACUGUUGGAAAGUGCAAGAAGUGGAAAUGAAGAGAAAAUGAUGGGCCUUCUAACUCCCCUCAACGUUAAUUCCCAUGCAAGUGAUGGAAGGAAGCUGCAGUGGAAAGUAAGGUCGACUCCACUUCACUUAGCUGCAGGUUAUAACCGUGUCAAAAUCGUGCAACUGUUACUUCAGCAUGGAGCAGAUGUACACGCCAAGGAUAAAGGAGAUUUGGUGCCUCUUCACAAUGCUUGCUCGUAUGGCCACUAUGAAGUAACAGAGCUUCUUGUAAAGCAUGGUGCCUGUGUGAAUGCAAUGGAUCUCUGGCAAUUCACUCCUCUCCAUGAAGCAGCCUCCAAAAACCGCGUGGAGGUGUGUUCUCUAUUGCUUAGUUAUGGAGCCGAUCCUAACAUGCUCAACUGCCACAAUAAAAGUGCCAUUGAUUUGGCGCCAACGCCACAGCUAAAGGAACAAUUAUCAUAUGAAUUCAAAGGCCAUUCUUUGCUACUGGCAGCCAGAGAAGCAGAUGCAGCUCGUAUUAAGAAGCACCUCUCUAUGGAAAUAGUCAAUUUCAAACACCCACAGACUCAUGAGACCGCUUUGCAUUUUGCUGCAUCAUCUCCGUAUCCCAAGAGGAAACAAGUAUGUGAACUACUUCUUAGGAAAGGGGCAAAUGUCAGUGAAAAGACCAAAGACUUUUUGACACCACUCCAUAUCGCAUCAGGGAAAGGACAUAAUGAUGUUGUGGAGGUUUUGGUGAAGCAUGAGGCCAAGGUUAAUGCUUUGGAUAACUUGGGACAGACCUGCCUCCACCGUGCUGCACAUUGUGGCCAUUUGCAAACCUGCCGACUUCUGUUGAACUCUGGCUGUGAUCCAGCAAUUGUAUCCUUACAAGGCUUCACUGCUCUUCAAAUGGGAAAUGAAAGUGUACAGCAACUCCUCCAAGCAGAAGGCUUAACAUUCAGUAACACUGAUGCAGAUCGUCAGCUGCUGGAAGCUGCUAAAGCUGGAGAUCUAGAUAUAGUUAAAAAACUCUGCAAUGCGCAAAUGGUUAAUUGUAGAGAUGUAGAAGGUCGUCAGUCUACUCCCCUCCAUUUUGCUGCAGGAUACAAUCGAGUGGCUGUAGUGGAAUAUCUAUUACAGCACGGAGCUGAUGUCCAUGCAAAAGAUAAAGGCGGACUGGUUCCAUUACACAAUGCAUGUUCCUAUGGACAUUACGAGGUAGCAGAGUUGCUUGUCAAGCAUGGCGCAGUUAUCAAUGUUGCCGAUUUGUGGAAAUUCACACCGUUACACGAGGCAGCUGCAAAAGGGAAAUACGAGAUUUGCAAGCUGCUGCUACAGCAUGGAGCUGAUUCAACAAAGAAGAAUAGAGAUGGCAACACACCACUAGAUCUGGUGAAAGAUGGAGAUACAGACAUUCAAGAUCUUCUGCGUGGGGAUGCCGCCUUAUUAGACGCUGCUAAAAGAGGCUGUGUGGCCCGCGUAAAGAAGUUGUACACAUCUGACAAAGUCAAUUGCAGGGAUACGCAGGGCAGACACUCUACACCAUUACAUUUAGCAGCUGGCUAUAAUAACCUAGAAGUUGCUGAGUACCUGCUGCAGAAUGGUGCCGAUGUAAAUGCUCAAGAUAAAGGGGGAUUAAUCCCACUGCACAAUGCAGCAUCAUAUGGACAUGUGGAAGUGGCUGCUUUACUUAUCAAAUACAAUGCAUGUGUUAAUGCCACUGACAAGUGGGCUUUUACACCUCUGCAUGAGGCUGCUCAGAAAGGAAGGACUCAGCUUUGUGCCCUGCUACUGGCACAUGGUGCGGAUCCCACUCUGAAAAAUCAAGAGGGACAGACCUCAUUAGACUUGGUUACAGCCGAUGAUGUACGUGCCCUCCUUACAGCAGCUAUGCCCCCAGCCGCACUGCCAGCUUUUUAUAAACCUCAGCUUAUCAGUGUUUGCCAGCCUACAACCACAGUAGUGGGAGUUCUCUCUUCUGUGCCCUCCAGUCCUCCCACUCUAUCUGCUGCCAGCAGCCUGGACAACCUGGCUACCAGCUUCUCAGAAGCACCAUCAGCAAAUAGUGGAGGAGCUGAGGGAGCUGCUGGGCUGGAGAGAAAGGAAGAAGUACCGGGGGUUGAUUUAAGCAUCAAUCAGUUUUUGAGGAACCUUGGACUUGAACACCUAAUUGACAUCUUUGAGAGAGAGCAGAUCACACUAGAUGUAUUAAUUGAAAUGGGACACAAGGAGUUUAAGGAGAUUGGAAUUAAUGCUUAUGGAAACAGACAUAAAAUUAUCAAAGGUGUGGAAAGGCUUAUAUCCGGUCAACAAGGUUUGAAUCCAUACUUAACACUGAAUAACUCCAACAGUGGGACUAUUUUAAUUGACCUUGCUACAGAUGACAAAGAAUUUAUAUCAGUGGAUGAGGAGAUGCAGAGCACCGUCCGAGAACAUAGAGAUGGGGGACACGCAGGUGGAGUCUUCAACAGAUAUAACAUAUUAAAGAUUCAGAAGGUAUGCAAUAAAAAGCUCUGGGAGAGAUAUACUCACCAAAGAAAAGAGGUUACAGAGGAAAAUCAUAAUCACGCUAAUGAAAGGAUGCUCUUUCACGGUUCUCCAUUUGUAAAUGCAAUUAUCCACAAGGGCUUUGAUGAAAGGCAUGCUUACAUCGGGGGUAUGUUUGGCGCUGGCAUAUAUUUUGCCGAAAACUCUUCAAAAAGCAACCAGUAUGUUUAUGGCAUUGGAGGAGGCACUGGGUGCCCGGUUCACAAAGACCGUUCUUGUUAUGUUUGCCAUAGACAGCUUCUGUUUUGUCGAGUGACACUGGGAAAAUCUUUCCUGCAGUUUAGUGCAAUGAAGAUGGCGCAUUCUCCUCCUGGUCAUCAUUCAGUCACAGGACGGCCAAGUGUAAAUGGGCUUGCCCUGGCGGAGUACGUGAUAUACCGCGGGGAGCAGGCCUACCCAGAAUAUUUAAUAACCUAUCAAAUAGUGAGGCCUGACUCCGCAACAGAUGGAUAAUCAAGAACUGGAUGACACAACCUUUCAUGUGCAAAACACAUCUCUGUGGUGGCCGCAGGAGAGACAGACUUUUACGAAGCAAUGUGAAUACAUUGUAACGUUUCCAGAGACUAAAGCUUUAAAGAAAUGUUUAGUAUACUUCCUGAACAUUCACAAAAUAUUGUUUAUCAGCACUUUAACAGACGCCAUUCUUGAUACUAAAUGGGUUUGUCAAUAUUUAAUUAUACACAAAGAAAUGUAUUGCGUUAACUUGAAAUUUAAAUCUUGUUAUGUUUCUUUUUUUCUUUUGUUUUUAAUAAAAUUAGAACAUCCAGCUAAAUUCCUGUGUAAAAAAGAAAAAAAAAACAGCAUUACUAAAAUGUGUAUUUUGAGACACAACAUUUACACUGAAUACAGUUUAUUUGUAAAACUGUAAAUAAGAGACUUUUGUACUAGCCCAGUAUUUAUUUACAUUGCUUUGUAAUAUAGUCAUUAAAAUUGCAACUUGUACAGAGGAAAAAAUGGGUAAUUUUAUCGGAACGAAGCUUUGGCCAAUAUGUACUAAAUACCAGGAUAAUCUUACGUGGCAGCAAAAAUUUGGCCCUGGAAAAUCUACUUUCUCUAUCGUCCUAGUGGAUGCUGGGGUUCCUGAAAGGACCAUGGGG